AUGGGAUUUUCCGACAAACCUCACAACCAUCUCGACGGCGAGAUACGAGAAACCACCGACGGUAAAAGAUGGGUAAUCGCCGGAAUUCCCUCACGUUCGCCGCUCAAGACGAUUAACCUAUCUUCCGACGUUACGGUCACUGAAACAGAGGAUCAAGAUCAGUGUCCGACCACACCCACGGCGGUUUCCGUCAGAAUCCCAAGAGUCCCGCCGUGUCCAGCCGCGCCAAAGAAGCGAAAACCGUCGUCGAAGUGCAGUCACAACGCCGGAGCUAGAGUUUUCUUCUCUCCGCCGGACCUUGAAACCGUUUUCAUUCAGAGAGCUCGUUAA